UCUGCCAUCUCAGUCGCCGAGUUCCGAGACUCCGAAGCGGACGCAACGAAUAACUUUUUGCCAUGGCGAAGGCUCACAUGCUGUCGUGCUUGGCUCUCGUGCUGUUGUUCGGCAUCCUGGAGGCCACUCCAAGGACUCCCAAUGUACAAGUUUAUUCCCGCUAUCCUGUGGAGAUGGGCAAAGAAAACAUUGUGAACUGCUACGUGGACAACUUCCACCCUCCCAAAAUCAACAUCACAAUUGAGAAAGAUGGGAAGCCACUUGAAGAUGUGAAACAGUCUGACCUUUCUUUUGAUAAAAGCUGGGCCUUCAAUCGCCUUGUCUACGCCAAGGUCAUUCCAGAUGGGAAAGAUGUCUCCUGCAGAGUGGAGCACAGCACCCUAGACAAACCAAAAAUUGUCAAAUGGGAGCAAGAGUAAUAAGCAAAUGACCCUUCAGCAGGAAAGGUCUGAAGAGCCUUCCUUUUUAUUGCUCCUUGAGCAUUCUUCCUGCGCUGUUCCUGCUUUUCUACUGAUUAUGUAGCUCUCUGGAUAGUUUUCCAUCAUGAGCCGCAUACACCAAAACCUGCUGAGACCUGCUGAUGGGCCGUGCUUGAGAUUUUGAAGUGUGUGAUGUGUCCACUGUAGGCAGACAAUUGAAGAUUGCCUCGGAAAUCAUGAUGAGUCAUGCAUUUAUUGUAACAUUCAGUGAUUUGCAGUCUGGCUUCAUAAAAAAAAA